AUGAGUUGCCAAGAAACCCAGAGCUCAUCCAUGCUGAGCCAAGAAGAGAUUUCAAGUAAAACUGAAAAUAUUUGCCACAUAGAAAAUUGUAAAAACGGAGCCCAUGCAAUAUGCAAAUGCCGUAGCCCAUCAGUGUUUCUCUGUAAAGAUCAUAUUUUAUCCCACUUAGAAAUAGCUUCUGACAUUCCUCAUCAAACGGACUUUUUUUACAUAAAACUUGACCCAAAAGAUAACGAGUACAUUGCAGAUAUAUCCUUUAUCAAUGAAUAUUUUAUUAAAAAUAAUAAAUAUUUAUAUUAUAAAAUGUCAACUUAAAGGCAUAUAAUUUUACAAGCAAAAGUAAAACUCCAAUCUGAUUAUGAAAAAAUCUUAAAAGUUUCCUCCGAAGUAAUCCAAUCUUUCACCUCGAAAAUCACUCAGCACAUCAGCAAAAUUAAAACUCUCCAAAACGCCUACAUUUCUGCACUAGAAAGUGUAAUUUCAGCAGAAAAAAUAAGCCGAGAAGCCCAAACCCCAAUAUUUCAAGAGCUUCAAAAGGACUUGCAAAAAUUCAAGUCUGAUAUUUCUAACGUAAAGUGAUUUUCAUUUAAAUUAGACAGCAAUGGAAUCAUGGAUGAGAUCGACAAUUUUUGUAGAAUCCAGCUCAAUAAUCAGCAAGUUUUCAAAUUUACUGGCCUAAAGGAUGAGAUUCUAGUUUAUGAGAAAAGUGGGAAUAAAGAAAGCGAAGAUGUUAUUAUAGAAUUUGAAGAAGUUUAUGCUGAAAAGUCUGAAGAGGAGGAAGAAGAGGAGAAUAGAUGAAACUAUGAUAGCGUGGAUUACGAAGAAGGAGAGUUGAGAGACUUUUACGAAGAGGAAGAAGAGGAUACGUAUGAAGAGCAGUUCGAAGAGCAGUUUGAAGAGCAGUAUGACCCCUGGGACGAUUAUGAAGAAGACUAUGGAGAAGACGAAGAGUUAUAUGUGAGAACCAAUCAGCAAGAAAGUUAUUCUGAAUAUUCGGAUGAAGAUUAUUAA